ACCAGUCAGAGAUCUGAAGAAAUUCGCCGCUCUGCGACUGAACAGAGACGAAAGAGAGAGCUCAGAGAAAGUACCCCGAGGUACAUUGAUUGUUGGAGUCGGACUACAAGCUUUAAUUAAGUGGUAGAACCCUGUUAUCUACCGGAAUUGGUCCUAAUAUAUGUGAGCUUUAGUGUGGUGACGCGCUUUUUUAUGUGCGUCGUGCAGCUUUAUGAUUGUUAAUAAGUUUCCUAGCCUGCUAACCCGACUCACUAGCUUAAAAAUAAACAAACACGUAUAUUUUUGAAAAUUUUAGCUCUCACGAAAAAACCCAAAGGAGAAAUAAGCCAAAAUUUAAAUUAAAAAACGGAAAUGAUACAAAUAGAGCCGUUUGUCCAUAAGAACUGAAGAAAAGCCUCGGCGUCGGCUUGUUGAGUUUAGCCGGUUUGCUAAUGAAAUGCUUCUCUGUCAAUUAGCUAUUAAAUCUGGAUUGACAGGCGAUACCCGAACCUCCUGUCAAGAUUGUCGACCGAGAUACUUUAUUUUUUAAGCAGGAAGCUUCAUCUGCGUCCUGCCUGAAAUCUGGACUGACUGCAGCAUCUCUUGUAGUUUGGUAUAGGACAGGUAGCCAGAAGCUAACUGAGGUAUCCAGGCGGGGAGAGAGGAGGUUCUGACACCGUUUCAAAUAUCAGGUGCCCAGAGUGUCUGAUAUUGGGGCUUCACGUCAGUUUGACCACCCACCUGAGUCAUGGAGAAGGACGAAAAUGGUGAAAACAUGGUGGACACAGUGAAGGACUCAGUCGUGACCUCUGCCUAUAGGUAUACCAAGGAAGAGCUUAUGGAAAUCAAAGAAUUGCCAAUUUCCAAUGAGAGGCCAGAGUGUCUUUCAGAGAAAUAUGACAGUGAUGGGGUCUGGGACCCUGAAAAAUGGCAUGCCUCACUAUAUCCCUCUUCAGAAAACAGCUGUCCAACAGAAGGAUACAAGAAAGAUUAUGCAGAGGAUAGAGUUCCACUAAAACGCAGAAUUGCAGAUCCUCGGGAACGUGUAAAAGAUGAUGAUCUGGAGGUGGUUCUUAGUCCGCAGCGUCGUAGUUUUGGCGGUGGUUGUCAAGUGGCACCCACUGCCCUCCCUCGCCGCCCCAUCAGCCCUCUGGAGAACAAAGAGAAUGAGUCACUCCGUUUGGGGGGAGCACGUCGCAUAGGGAGUGGCCGCAUCAUGUCCUCACGUGUAUUUGAGAGGGACGCACGGGUUGACAAGGAGAGGGAGCGAGACAGAGAGCGUGACUUUAAGGACAAGAGAUUUAGGAGAGACUUUGGAGACAAAAGAGUGUUCAGUGAGAGAAGAAGAAAUGACUCCUAUGCAGAAGAGGAGCCAGAGUGGUUCUCAGGUGGACCCACUAGUCAGUCUGAGACCAUUGAGCUUAUUGGCUUUGAUGACAAGAUCUUGGAGGAUGAUAAACGGAGGACCAAACGUUCCAGGAAGAAGCCAGAUUCUUUUAAAGAAGUUGAAUGUAAUGGCGGUCUCUCUGAGGACCCUGAAGUAGUUCAAGAGUCAGGAGCUGAUCAAGAGGUUCCACAUGCUGAGGUUCUUCCUGAGCAAACCCCUGGAGAAUUUGACUUCAAUGAGUUCUUCAAUCUUGAAAAGACCAUGCCUGGCCUGGCUUCGAUGAUUGAAGAUGUUCUUGCAGAGGGUCCGGUCAUGGCCAGUCGUUUCAGCCGCUGGUUCUCCAGUAACAGAAGUCCUUCUGGCAGUCGCUCCAGCAGUCUACGUUCCACACCGCACGAGGAGUUGGAGAGACUAGCAUGUCUCGAUCCUCAUACUGGAGCUCUGAAUCAGGGUACAUCUUUGUACUUCACCCCCAUUUCUUCAGUGGAACGCAAGGAGAAGGUGGACAUAUUGGAGCUGCUGCAUAAAGCCAAUAUUGACUUAAAACCUUUACUGUCCAGCCUGAAUGUCAACAAGGCUCACCUAAAGGAGAGCACAAACUCUGGCGUGGUGUUGUCUCUGGAAGAGGUGGAGGGGAGUCUGAAGGCACUGAAGGUGCAACCUGAACCAGCUCCAUUACCACAAAGACAGUCCAGCGGAGGUGGGGGAACUCCCUUUAUGGCAGAGCACCUGGAAGAGGCUCUCACUGGAGGAACUGGGGCUGCGUCACGACCACGAGACCCUGACAUGUCUGCAUUUAAUAAGUUAGUGAGCACCAUGAAGGCAAGUGGAACCCUGCCCACUCACCCCAAAGCCAGCGGGAGCAAUUCAGUGGAUCCUGCUCUUGUGUCCUUAUCAGAGGCACAGGUACCAGCCUCUCAGCAGAAAAACAUCUUUCAGGAGUUGUUGGUUGGCCCUCAUGGCCCUGUUCCUGCUCCUAUACACCAUCGUGCUUCUCCUCCACUCUUCCCACAGAGAGCCCCUCUACAGGACUUUUUCCCAGGCAUGCCACCAGCGCCAGGGUUUCCUGCUGGUCCACAAACUAUGCUGGAUCAAAUUCCAGACUUGCAUAGGGCCAGGAAUACACAACAGAUGAGAGCUUUGCCAAUGGGAGUGGACCAGGCCAAUCUGGAAGCUUUGUUUCAGCAGGAUCUGGCAGUUUUUAAUCGCUCACAGUACCAACAAGCCUACAACAAACAGGCUCACGAUAAGGCGUUUCGCAACAGACAAACCAGGAUGAACCGUUCACCUGGGCCUCACCUUCCUGGCCGGACCUCACCUGGCAAUACAGUUACUAGUGUGUUGUCUCCAUCCUUCACUCCCACCUCCGUGAUCAAAAAAAUGUAUGAGUCAAAAGAGAAAAGUCGAGAUGAUCCUGGGAGUAGGCCAGGAAGCAAGGAGGAGACUGUGAACUCUCAUAACUCACAGGAGGAUGGGCCUCCAUCACCCAGUUCCUUUCUGGAAGAUGUGGACACCAGUGGUCCUCAGACUGGUGGGGUAAAGGCAUGCUCCACCCCCGUUCCUGCUCAGAAUCGUCAUAGUAAAGACCCAGACCGACCCAGGCCUCCUUCAACAACUGGCCACCACACUCCCACCAUGUUAUCCCCAGGGCCCUCUUCACCCUUUCCAAGACCCCAGAUGUAUCCAGUUCCUCUGCUUCCCCACGUCCCCUUGGUCAGACCUCCACCCCAGCUUCACCCCGGUGUGAUGCAGAGGAUGCUGGCUCAGGGUAUUCAGCCUCAACAGCUUGGACCCACAUUAUUACAAACAGGCAUGUUCCCUCAGGCUGUAGAUCUGUCUCAGCUUCAGGGACUGCCCCCAGCCCUCUUAGGGCAGCCUCUGUAUCCCCUUGGUCCUGCAGGACAUCCGCUUAUGGCCCCUAGAGCCGCAGGAACACACGUGCAGUUAGCAGUCAUGCAGCAACAGCUUCAACAACAGCAGAGACCCAAUCUGCAUGUGGCUCCAUCAGGAGGCCUCCAGUCGCAGAGCCACGGUCCCCAUCGGACAAACCAUUCCCAGCGAAGAGGUGGAAGCCCUCCUCUGGGCCUAGCCAAGUGGUUUGGUUCUGACGUGCUGCAGCAGCCCCUCCCUUCCAUGCCUUCUACUAAAGUAAUCAGUGUUGAUGAGCUAGAGUUCCGCCAGUGAUGAUAUCCUGUGACCAGUCAGCAGGAGCGACGCAAGACAUCCCUUCCCCACUACCCUCUAGUUGGAGAGAUGUGAACUUUUAUUUCUACCAUUAUGUACAUAUGUCAGAGCCUUGUCUAUUUUUCUGUGCUCUGUCUGAAACCCUUGCAGUUGCUUUUUUUUUUUUUUUUUUUUUUUUUUUUUUUGUGAAAAGGCCUAAAGUUGAGAGCAAAAAAAGGGAAAAGACAUGUUUUUUUUCCUGCUGCUUUUGUCACAAAGUAAUGUAGUUUCUCGUAGUUUGUUUUGAAUUCAGUUUUUGCAGUAAAGAAAGUAAAUAAUGUAUAGGCCUGAAUUGUACAGAUUAUGGGAAUUGAUUUUCUUUUUCCACCUUGUACAUAGUUUUUUUUUUUUUUUUUUUUCCUGACUUUGUGGGGAAGGUUAUCCUGCUGUUGAGGAACCAAAAAGUUGCUUAUUUUUUUGCCCCGUCACAAUGUCUGCACAAUGUUCCAUGUUUCCCAUCGAAGGUUCAUCUGUGUAGGAAAGGGUGGCACUGCUGAUGGCUGCUUUGUUGGAAAGAUGUCCACGUCUGUAGCGAUUUAAUGCAUCCCUGAUUCGGAGAUACAUGCCCUUGAAACUUUUGCUGGAAUAUUUAAGUCAGAAUGUUCUGCAAGUGGGGACUCUCUUCCACCCCAAGAAGUGAAUGCUAGUUGUGCCUUUGUUUCCUUUUUUCUCCCUUUUCUUUUCUUUCUUUUUUUUUUUUUUUUUUUUUUUAAGAAAAAACCCUCCCAUCCUUCCUCUAGCCAGUCUUCUUAGUCAAUGUAUGAGAAGCACUGCUCUGAAUCACAUUUGUUUUAGGGUGGCAGGGGUUGGCAAUUAAGUAAUGUGCUAUUAAUUUAAGAAGCACAAAUAGUUAAUAAAUAUAUAAAAAAAAAUUAAAUAAAUAAAAAAAAUCAUUCACAUAAAAA